UAUUAAUCUGGGCUGUUUCUCUUUCACAAACGAUCUGUUGUUACACUCUCAUGAUUACCCGCCAACUAAAUACCAAAACCCUUCAAGGACUAGCCAAACAACGGUCGACAAAUUUUAAAUACAUCCACUCAUCCAACCAUGUACAUCAAGUGUUCGACAAAAGCUCCCCUCGAAAUGUUUUGCCAAUUAAUUCUUCUAUGCUCAAUUCUAUGCGCAAAAAAAGUCCCUCUCAAUCUCUCGAAAUCUUCAGAAGGCAUCUGCAAUUAGGUUUUCUCUACGAUAUUGAUGAAGUUACGAUUGCAAUCGCUCUCAAGGCUUGUAGCGGAGACCAAAAACCAGGGUGCCAAAUACACGGGUUUUCUAUUACUUCUGGGUUCAUUUCUUAUAUUACGGUUUCAAAUUCAUUGAUGAAUAUGUACUGUAAAUCUGGUCAAUUUGAUAGGGCUUUAUGUAUAUUUAACAACUUGAGUAAUCCUGAUAUUGUUUCGUGGAAUACUAUUCUUUCGGGGUUUCCAAAAAACGAGGAUGCAUUGCAAUUUGCUCUUAGAAUGAAUUUAUAUGGGGUUGUUUUUGAUGCAGUGACUUAUACUAUUAUUCUCGCGGUUUGUUUGGACCAGCGGGGUUUUUUAUUUGGGUUGCAAUUGCAUUCUCUCAUAGUCAAGUUUGGAUUAGACAGUGAUACUUUUGUAGGUAAUGCUCUUAUAACCUUGUACUCGAGAUGGGGGCAUUUAGUCGAGGCUAGGAGCGUGUUUGAUGCAAUGCCAAAUAAGGAUUUGGUAUCGUGGAAUGCUAUGAUAUCAGGGUACACCCAGGAAGGGAACUAUGGGUUGGAAGCUAUUUGGGCAUUUAUUGAUAUGGUGAGAGAAGGGAUAAGGCUUGAUCAUGUCUCAUUCACCAGUGCAGUUUCAGCUUGUGGUCAUGAAAGAAACUUACAGCUGGGGAGACAGAUACAUGGUUUGACUAUAAAAACAGGAUAUGGAACACAUCUUUCAGUUGGAAAUGUUUUGAUCUCAACAUACUCAAAAUGUGAGGCAAUUGAAGAUGCAAAGUUGGUAUUUGACUGGAUGGAUGAACGUAAUGUAGUUUCUUGGACCACAAUGAUUUCAAUGAAUGAUGCAGAUGCUGUGUUUCUCUUUGGUGAGAUGAGAAUAGAUGGGGUUGAUCCGAAUGAUGUUACAUUUGUUGGGCUACUCCAUGCCAUAACAGUUAGGCAUUUGGCUAAAGAAGGGCAAAUGAUUCACGGGUUUUGUAUAAAGACUGGCUUUGUGUUGGAAUCAAAUGUUUGUAAUAGCCUCAUCACCAUGUAUGCUAAGUUUCAGUCCAUGCAAGACUCAAAGAAAGUUUUUGAGGAGCUUAACUAUAGAGAAAUUAUAUCGUGGAACGCUUUAAUCUCAGGGUAUGCUCAAAAUGGAUUGUGUCAAGCAGCGUUGUCAACAUUUUUAUUGGCAAGUUCUGAAUCUAAGCCAAACCAAUACACAUUUGGUAGUGUCUUGAGUGCUAUUGGUUCUGCUGAGGAUAUAUCUCUUAAACAUGGGCAGCGGUGCCACUCUCAUAUCAUAAAGCUUGGGUUGAAUACUGAUCCAGUUGUUUCUGGUGCUCUUCUUGACAUGUAUGCAAAGCGUGGGAGCAUUUAUGAGUCCCAAAGAGUUUUCAGUGAGACACCUGAAAAGAGUCAAUUUGCUUGGACAGCAAUAAUCUCUGCCUAUGCAAGACAUGGAGACUAUGAAUCAGUGAUGAAUUGGUUUAAGAAGAUGGAGAAGGAAGGGGUCAGACCUGACUCAAUCACCUUCCUUUCUGUACUAACUGCUAGCGGUAGAAAGGGGAUGGUUGAUAUUGGCCUUCAGCUCUUUGACUCAAUGGUGAAAGAUUAUGAGAUUGAGCCAUCCCCAGAACAUUAUUCUUGUAUGGUAGAUAUGUUGGGCCGUGCUGGGAGACUCAAGGAGGCAGAGGAGCUGAUGGGUCGCAGUCCUGGAGGGCCGGGGAUGUCUAUGUUGCAAAGCCUGCUAGGCGCUUGUAGGAUACAUGGGAAUGUAGAGAUGGGUGAGAGGGUGGCAGAUGUUUUGUUGGGAAUGGAGCCCAUGGGGUCAGGUUCAUAUGUAUUGAUGUCUAAUUUGUAUGCUGAGAAGGGGGACUGGGAAAAGGUUGCAAAAAUAAGGAAAGGGAUGAGGGAGAAAGGAGUAAAGAAGGAGGUGGGAUUUAGUUGGGUGGAUGUGGGUGAUAUUGAUGGUUUGCACGGGUUUUCAUCAGGUGACAAGUCUCACUCACGAUAUGAGGAGAUUUGUAGAAUGGCAGAAAGCCUGGGAUCAGAAAUGAAAUAUUUAAGAGAGAAAAACAGAGCUUAUUCAAAAUAGUUUCAUUUAGAACAGAAACCUUAGAGAUCUGACGGUUAUAUACUUAUCCCAAAAAGAGGGGAACAUUUCCUUUAAUGAAUUUAUUUGUUUGAUAAAUGAAAUGCACUCCAAAACUACAUAUAAACAGAUGUCAAUCAGCUACAUCAGCUAG